AGCCAUUUGUCACACUUUCCUGAGUAAUACAACUUAAAUCACUCACGUAUGUGUUGUAAUGACGCAAAAAAAGGACUCAAACGGGUCAUCUCUGCUGUUCUAGUCUGAAGCAAUAAUCUUCUCGUCGUGGCUCUAACUGAGUAUCAAAUGAAGACAACACACUGAAACAGAUCCUUCACUAACAGCCCCUUAUUUCUGGUUUAAACCGGCCUGGAGACUGGCUGCAUUACACCACAAAACACAAAAAGGAGAGCAACAUACAGUGUGUGUCGUCAGGAUCAGAAUACAGAUGUGUAACCCUCUCAAGCAAGAAAAGUCAGUGAAAUCCUUUGGGAAACCAACCAUGCUAUUGGUUUGAGAUAUCCCCAGAAAAGAAGACGGAUGACAUCAAAAAAUGGAGAGAAAUAAGAAAAUCUCUCUGCUGUUUCUAUUUCUGGCUCUGCCUAAUGUCUGUAGUAAUGAGAACUGCCCGAACGACCCUGAUAACAAUCCCAAAGAUCUCACCUGUGAAAGUGACUACGACCGUACCAUCACUUGUGUGUGGAACAGCACACGCGUGUCUGAUCAUCAGGACAAUGUGUGCACAAUUCUCGGUGUUUUUAAAGGUAGCUAUGUCAAAUACAGCACUUCAUGUGUCCUGACGCCCGUUGACGCCUCUAGACCAACGCUAAAGAAAUGCUCCAUGAUCUUCAAUCGCAACAAGCGAUUUCAGUCCACCCACAACCUGUCCAUUACUCUGACGUGUAACCGCCCAGAGCACAGUUUAACCAUUUUCUUCAAGCCAGCUUGUCACAUAAAGCUGGAUUCUCCACCAAAACCAAACAUCAUCAACUCCACUAUUGUUUCCUCGACCCCCCAAGUUAAGACAGUGUUCCCUCGGUACACCUUCCAACUGCAGUGGAGACUGGAGGAUGAGUCAUGGAGUGAUUAUCCUGAGAUAAAAGACUCUGCAUGGGAAUGCAUGUGGGAGCUGAAUGCUGAUCAGCUGAUACGAGGUGGGAGAUACGAGGCACGCACUAGAGUGAUGAUCAUUGAUCCUACGUUCUACAAGUCAACCUAUAGUGAAUGGAGCCCAACUGUGUCAUGGGUGUCACAUGAAGGAAGAACAAAACCACCACCACCACCACCACCAUCAGAUCCUUCUGGUGGUCUUUUGGGUUAUGCCAUCGGUGCUGCAGCCAUUGCCAUGUUUCUCAUUGUUGUAGGCUGUAGGACGAACAGAACCACCUGGGUUUACAUCGUAAAGAAAAUCAAAGGUCCACCCAUACCGAAUCCAGAAAAGUUCUUCCCGCAUAAUGUAGAUUUCCAGACUUGGUUGAGCCCUUACUUCACCAGUGAGUCCUUACAUUCCUUCCUAAAACCGUUGGAAAUCGUCUCGGUGGAGGUAACCUCCGCUGUGGAUGCUGUGGCACCCUGCGGGCCGCAGGCAGCCCUGCUAGAGAAGAUGAGAAGGGAAAAGAGCUGCUCCAAUUCCAAUUUCUCCAACCCCAGUUACUCCCAGCUGUGUCCUCUUCCUCCUGUCUCCUCGCUCGCUGCGGGGAACCUGGCGCCCUGUGCCACUGAUACACCUUACGGGCCUGUUGGUAGUCAAGGUGAAGGUAAAAACCCGGAGGUGGAUAGGGAUGAAGUGAAGGGAAAAGAAGUGGAAAUCUGCCAGUUGCUCUCCAAAGGCAGCGACAACAGCGAGCACAUGCUGGUCAUUUCAGACUAUGAGAGGGCAGAGAACCCUCAGGUUGAACGCAUCAGGCUCCAGAGUCUAGAUUCAGGUGUCUGCAGUGGAGAAGAGGUCAGUCAUGAAAGCCUGGAGGCAGAUAGCAUCAACGGGACUGAUAACCACGAUGAAAGACCAGAGGGCGAGAAAGAGAGGGAGGGAGGGGAUGGAAAAGAAGUAGAUGUUCAGAAGUUGUUAGCAGGCAGUGGAGGUGUCUUUGACAAAAGCUCUAUUCUGGUUUGUUCCGGUUAUGAGAGAGUCCCGAACCUGCAGGCUGAUAGCCCCGAGCUCUUCAGCAUGGAUUCAGGCAUGGGCAGUGGAGGCGAGGAGCAGGUGAGUCAGGAGGAGGACGCUGAAAAGUCCACCGAAUCCACAAGCCUCCUGUGUCAUCCUCCCAGCCCUUCACCAUGCUCCCUGCCCUCUUUCACACCACCGCCUUUCAAUUCCUCUGGGCCAGGGUCGAGUCCAGGUCUGCAACCUCUGCCGAGUCAUUUACUUGAGAGGAUCGCUCUAAUGUCAACCAACAGGUCAGUGGAGCCCUCUAGUGAUGGAUAUAUGCCAGUGAGACAGGAACAGAAAAACUGACAGUACAUGCUGUCCAAUACAAUAUGUUACACGAGUGAAUAACUGCCCACACAUCAGAGUACAAGGAGUUUGGAUUCAUCGAGGAGACACUCUUGCAUUGUGCUCCAACAGCAGAUGGAUUCAAUACAAUCUGAGUGGAGCUGAUAGCUGUGGAAGGACUUCUACAGUAACUCAACGAAUUGAUUUCUUUGAUCCACUGCUUAAUGAUACAGAAGCAUAUUGUUAUUGAACGGCCCUGUGGCUGAGCUGCCUGUCAGGUGAAAAAUGAACGAAAGACACAAACCCGACGAUCUAUUAUGAGAUGCCAACGAGUCGUGUCAUCCCUGCAAGCUACACUGAACUGUGAAAUAUAAUUUCUCGUUUCUCACAUCUUACUACUAUUUAUUAACUUCGCUUGGGCCACUGAAAAUACCAUGACUUAUUGAAAGUAUAAUUUUUUACUGAGCAAAUUGUAAAAGCAUCCUAUCAAAUUAUCGGUGUAAACAGAC